UUCGCAGAAAGUGAACGCACAAUUCGAGCCAAUGAUCCAACGUUCAAUGCGCAAUUUAAAUAUGCGAAAAAUUACAUUAAAACGUCCAAGUACACUCUGCUGACCUUCCUACCACUCAAUCUCUUUGUGCAAUUCCAAAGAUUAGCCAAUUUCUACUUUCUUAUCCUUCUCAUAUUGCAGCUCAUUCCCAUCAUCUCCUCGUUGACGCCCGUCACCACAGCAGUGCCUUUAAUUUUUGUACUUACUCUGACGGCAUUCAAGGAUGCUAUCGACGAUAUUCAAAAACACCGCAGCGACAGUCAGGUGAAUAACCGACUGUCGAGGGUACUGCGCAAUGGACAGCUGGUGGAGGAGCGCUGGUACAAGGUCGAAGUGGGCGAUGUUGUUCUCAUUGAGAAUGACAACUUUGUCGCGGCUGACCUUCUUCUGUUGUCCACCAGCGAACCAAACGGACUGUGCUACGUCGAAACUGCCGAACUCGAUGGUGAAACAAACCUCAAGUGUCGCCAGGCACUGCCUGAAACUGCCGAACUACAAAAUAGUAUAGAGCUGCUGUCGCAGUUCAAGGGAGAGAUCAUCUGCGAAGCGCCGAACAACAAUCUGACGCGUUUUGAGGGCACGCUCAAGUGGCGCAACGCCAAGUUCUCGCUGGACAAUGAGAAGAUGCUGCUGAGAGGGUGUCGAUUGCGAAACACCAAGUGGUGCUUUGGGGUGGUCAUCUUUGCCGGUCGAGAGACGAAGUUGAUGCAGAACAGCGGCAAGACGAUCUUCAAGCAGACCAGUCUCGACCGACUGCUGAACCUGCUCAUCCUCGGCAUUGUCCUGUUCCUCAUCAUCAUGUGCCUCUUCUGCACCAUUGCCUGCGGUGUCUGGGAGACACUGACGGGUCAGUACUUUAGGGUGUACCUUCCCUGGGACAGUAUCAUCCCGCAAAGUCCGGCGAGUGGGGCGGCAGUCAUCUCAGUUCUGGUCUUCUUCUCAUACGCCAUUGUCCUCAACACUGUCGUGCCCAUUUCGCUGUACGUCAGCGUAGAGGUGAUAAGAUUUUGCCAUUCCCUCUGGAUCAACUGGGACGUGAAGAUGUACUACGAGCCGACGGACACUGCGGCCAAGGCGCGCACGACGACGUUGAACGAGGAGCUAGGGCAGAUUGAGUACAUCUUCUCGGACAAGACGGGCACACUGACGCAGAACAUCAUGACCUUCAACAAGUGCUCCAUAGUGGGCGUCCACUACGGGGAUGUGCUCAAUGAGCGGGGCGAGGUAGUCGAGGUGACUGAGCACACCGUUCCAGUAGACUUCUCCGCCAACGCAAUGUACGAGAGCAGCUUUCGCUUCUACGAUCAAACCCUGCUGGACGCGGUGAAGAGGGGCGUCCAGCCGGUGCACGAGUUCUUCCGUCUGCUGGCCAUCUGCCACACGGUGAUGAGCGAGGAGAAGGAGGGCAAUCUGGAGUACCAGGCACAGUCACCUGAUGAGGCUGCUCUCACCUCGGCGGCAAGGAACUUUGGUUUCGUCUUUAAGUCUCGAACGCCGGCCAGCAUCACCACUGAAGAGCUUGGCCAGCAGGAGGAGUAUGAGCUGCUGGCGAUUCUCGAUUUUAACAACGUUCGCAAGCGCAUGUCGGUAAUUAUUAGAAAGGAGGGAAAGAUCACCCUGUACUGCAAGGGCGCCGACACGAUGAUCUUCGAGCGAAUGGACCCGGCGCAGACGGCACUGAAGGAGGUGACCACUGAGCACCUGAACAAGUUUGCCAGUGAGGGCCUGCGCACGUUGUGCCUCGCCAAGAAGGACAUUGAUGAGACCUUCUUUGAGGCAUGGAAAGGACGACUGCACGAGGCGAGCACCUCGCUGGACAAUCGCGAGGACAAGGUGGACGCUUGCUACGAAGAGAUUGAGCAGAAGCUGCAGUUGAUUGGCGCCACGGCCAUCGAAGACAAACUGCAGGACGGAGUGCCGCAGACGAUUGCCAAUCUGGCGCUGGCCGGCAUCAAACUUUGGGUGCUCACCGGCGACAAACAGGAGACGGCCAUCAAUAUCGGUUACAGCUGCCAGCUGCUCACCGACGACAUGGUGGACGUCUUUGUCAUUGAAGGCUGGGAGUUUGAGCAGGUGAAGGCGGAGUUGACCCGCUGUCGGGAGACCAUCGCCAACAUCGCCACCCGUUCUGCCGCCAACCACGACUGCUCUGUGAUAACCUUCCAGCAGACGGAAGAUCAGCAGUCGCAGCAGCACUACGGUGGUGGCAAGAAUCACGUUGGCGACAACAACAAUAAUAAUGGCACUAGAAAUGAGGAGGGAAAUGGGGAGUUUGGCGGUUUUGCACUGGUCAUCAACGGCCACUCGCUCAUACAUGCUCUUGACGCAAAGAUGGAGUUGCUCUUUCUAGACGUGGCCUCUGCCUGCAAGGCCGUCAUCUGCUGUCGAGUGACGCCCCUGCAGAAGGCACUGGUCGUCGAUCUAGUCAAACGCCACAAAAAGGCCGUCACGCUGGCCAUUGGUGAUGGGGCGAAUGACGUCAGUAUGAUCAAGAUGGCUCAUAUUGGAGUCGGCAUCAGUGGACAGGAAGGAAUGCAAGCCGUACUGUCGAGUGACUUUAGCAUUGCCCAGUUUCGCUACCUAGAGCGACUUCUCCUCGUUCACGGCCGAUGGUCGUAUUUUCGAAUGUGCAAGUUUCUGCAGUACUUUUUCUACAAAAACUUUGCUUUUACACUGUGCAACCUUUGGUAUGCCUUCUUCUGUGGUUUUUCCGCUCAGACCUUAUUUGACCCUGCCUUCAUAUCCUUCUACAACGUCUUCUACACUUCACUGCCAGUUCUGGUUUUGGGCAUUUUCGAUCAGGACGUCGAUGACGUUUUCUCAGUCCGAUUUCCAUUGCUCUACACGCCCGGUCUGAUUGAUCUGCUUUUCAAUAAGAUGGUCUUCCUCAAGAGCGUCGCCCACGGCAUCAUCACCUCUUUUGUGCUCUUUUUCGUUUCUUAUGGUGCGUUCAAAAAUGCCGUCGGCCCAGAGGGCAUAAACCUUGACGGCCACCAGAUCUUUGGCACCGUCGUCUCAACGAUACUAGUCAUAGUGGUCACUGCUCAGAUUGCCCUGGACACCUCCUACUGGACGGUUUUCAACCACAUUGUCAUCUGGGGCUCGAUUGCCUUCUACUUUGCGCUGACGCUCUUCAUCAACAGCAACUUCAUCAACCACCAGUAUCUGGGCUGCUUUCGCAUGACCCUCUCCAGUGGCCAGUUCUGGUUCACCCUUUUCAUCGUCCUCGUCAUCCUCCUCUUUCCCGUCGUCGCCGGCCGCUUCUACUCGCUCACCGUCCACCCGACGCUCAGUGACCGCUGUCGAAUGAAGCAGCGCUUCCUCCGCAAGAAAGCCCUCACGCAAACCUACGACCCGUACAUCAGGCGAAAGAGCAGCGCCUACCGAAGUCGACGCAGUAUUCGCUCCGGCUACGCCUUUGCCCACCAGGAGGGCUUCGGCCAGCUGAUCACCAGCGGAAAGAUCAUGAAGAAGGCGCAGAUUUACAAUUUGCAC